AUGAGUUCCUCAGAGAAGCCGGAAAAGUCGUCCUCCCCACCGGCGAAGGACCGCUACUACCCAUCGCCAUACGGGCCUGAGCAGCCCGGGAACUACCCGCCAAUCCCGCCUCCGUCAUCUGGCCUGCCUGCAUCGGAGCCAGGCGGACGCAAUGACGACACCCGCAUCAAUGGCACCAAUACUGUCGACGGUAGCUCACGUCCGCCCUCCUACCGACCGUACGACUCAAUGCCGUCAUUGCUGCCGCAGAAGCAGCAAGACCAGCGGCCGUUUCCGCCGUACAUCCCAUCCGCGCCGCCCUCCAUGGUCGAAAUCCCACCCCAGCCGACCAUGUCCACCGCUGGAUCGACGGUUGGCGCACCCGUGGUUGGCGGCGUUGGCGGAGCUCCCGGAAUUAGUGGCCCAGGCGGGGGCUACGGUGGCGGGCCGCAUUCUAGUGCUGCGCCGGUCUUGACGCAAUCUCCAGGUCCAAUAUACGCCAACGACACUGCGACCAAGUCCGACAUCCGCUCUGCACGGGCGUCUGUUGAAAGCGGCCUGAUUCGCCUCAUGGAGCUGCAGGGCCAACAACGCCAGCACCUGCAAUAUGGACCUGGUGCCGCCAACGUUCCGAACAGCACGGCUGCUGCUGUGCAGGAUCAGCUUCGCCUCCAGACCGGUUCGGUGCUGCGGGACUUGCGCCAGGUGCGGCGUGCCCUGUAUGGCAAAGCCAAAGCAGCCGAGAACCACCGCUUCCGUCGUUGGUUGGUCGGUGGAUUGCUGGCCACGUUCAUCCCUCUUGUGCGGCGGUUGUUCCGCCGCCGUGGUGGCAACGACAGUAGCAGCAGCACCACGUCGGCCCCGAUUCUCACGGCCAAUGACACUGAGUACGCCUUUGUCCGCAGCCGGUCGCUGGUAGACCGCAUGCUCAGCUCCGUGAGCCGACGCGGCGGCUUAGCCUCAAUCGCUUUUUUUGUCUUUGCAGUGCUCUACAUUUUCAGCAACGAAGUUUCGCUGCGCGUGGCCCGCACAGUCGGCCGCCGGCUCAAGCGGCUCAGUUCCAAGAUUGAGCGUGGCGACGAGCCCCUGAACGAGGCCGAUUUGAAGCAGCUCUCGGGCUGGCGCUGGCGCGUUCUUCUUUGGGGUCGCCAGUGA